CUACACCUGGACGUCUCGUCGAUCAUCUGGAAAACACCAAGGGAUUCAGCCUGCGCUCCCUCAAGUUUUUGGUGAUGGACGAAGCUGAUCGAAUUCUAAACAUGGAUUUCGAGAUUGAGGUCGAUAAAAUCCUCAAGUGCAUACCGAAGGAAAGAACAACAUACUUGUACUCAGCGACUAUGACAAAGAAGGUGAAGAAGCUGCAACGUGCGUCUGUGCGCAACGCCGUCAAAGUCGAGGUAUCCACAAAGUAUGGCACUGUGGAGAAGCUACAACAGUCAUACAUAUUUGUUCCCCAGAAGUUCAUGGAUUGCUACUUGGCUUUCAUCAUUAACGAACUGCACGGCAAUUCCUUCAUCAUCUUUUGCUGCACAUGUUCGAACACGACGCGGACUGCGUUGCUACUUCGCAAUCUCGGGUUCAGCGCCGUGCCACUUCAUGGUCAGAUGUCACAGCCCAAACGUUUGGGAGCCCUGAACAAGUUCAAGGCCAAGUCACACUCUAUCCUGGUAGCCACUGAUGUAGCCAGUCGUGGUCUGGACAUUCCACACGUCGACGUUGUCAUCAACUUCGACAUGCCAACCCACUCCAAGGACUAUAUUCAUCGUGUGGGUAGAACAGCCCGUGCUGGUCGUGCCGGUCGCGCUAUCAACUUUGUCUCCCAGUACGGCGUGGAACUGUUCAAGCGCAUCGAGGAGCUGAUUGGCAAGAAAAUGGACGCCUACCCGACCCAGGAAGCCGAAGUGCUGCUGAUGCAGGAGCGCGUGAUGGAAGCUCAGAGGAUAGCGCGCACGGAGGUGAAGGAGUUUGAGUCAAAGAAGAGGGAGCGCGAUGAUGACGAUGAGGCUUCCCAGGCUCCCUCAGCUAAGCUUGUCAAGCGUGCCUUCGACCAGCGAUCGAAGGGCAGAGGCAAAGGCGAUACGAAAGGAAGGGGCCGAGGGCGAGGACGGGGCCGAGGCCGAUAGGGCUAGACCGUCCACCGUUUUCUCUCUCUCUCUCUCUCUCUCUCUCUCUCUCUCUCUCUCUCUCUCUCUCCCUGCCUUUGCCGAAUGUGUUUGGCUGGCGUCUACUUUCUUUCCCCGUGAGUGUGUUAGGCUGGCCUGUGCUGGUAUUAUAGUUUGUACUCAUCAUCAAGCUACAUGAUAGUUCUAAUUUCUUCCAGUACGUUACAUCUCUUAGACAUGGCCCAGGGUCAACAUUUUGGUUGAUUCGGUUUUCUAUUUCUAAUGCAGUUCAGACACGAAUUUCAAUGUAGUGUUGGUAUUUGACACACAAAUGAAUUGCCUUGAAUGGAGUCUUCGCACCCUGAGAAUAGUGCAGUUUUGUGAGAGUACUCUUGGCUUUGGUUAUGCACAUGCUGUAAGCUUGUAAGCUAAAUCAUGCUGGGUGAUGCUGAGAUUUCAAUACUAUGUACAAGGGUUGGCACCCUGCCUGAAAGGAUUGGGCAGCUUUUUAGGCUUCCCGCCAGAUUCUUGUUGUUGUCCUGGAAACUUCUAUGUAAAUGUGACUUAUAGGCUGUUUUGUACCUAGUCUGAAGAGGGCCUAACUCUUAAUUGCGCUCACACAUCAUGCGGGGAGUCGUAAUAGCCUAAUCCCAAAUCAUCCUUUCCCGUACAUGGCAGCUAAUCGUCAAGCACCUAGUACCUUGUGAUGAGUCAAGAAUUAGUUUUGUUUUGCAUACUACUAGUAUUGAAAUCUCACUGAGCUUUCCUGAACCGAUAUUAAAUUUGAAUUUA